UAAUAGAGGCUAGAGUGUAAUUGCGUACGACUCAAAUCAAAAGCAUGCAACACAAAUGAUAAUACACCGGACGCACAACCGAGGCGCAGUCUCUCCAGUCAUCUAGUCAGACCGUGCACAUAUAUGCGCGACCGACUCCCGACAACGUAGAAACGCUCGCCGACAUCCCAUCCAGUCGUUUCCGGCGGCCCGGAAACGACUAAUUUUGCUCUGCAGGUACGUUCCCGACCACCUGCUCCACUCUAACCGGAGCAGGGACGUAGACCCCAGCAUGGUGCCCAUCUUCUGCGUAUUCCACAACUCCGCCUACAGGCAGUUCAAGAAGGUCCGCUACAGGCUCGGAACUGUCCCUCACUCGCUGUGCACUCACCUGCUGUACCACUCGGCCAAAUACUCGUCCGGGAGGAUCGCGAGCAGGGACAAGCUCUUCGACGAGAUCUACCAGGGUUUCACGAUAGCCGCCAAUGUACGGCGAAUCUGGAAGCACAUCAGGGUGUUGCUGACGCUAUUCGUGAGCGAGCCGGAAACGGCCGAGUUCUCGGAGAGCAUCCAGAGCGGUCGCGAUGUGAUCUUCUUCGGGGAGGCCGCGUACGGAUGGCUCACGAGCCACAAGUACGACGGCCUCAACCUGGACUGGCCGUACGCCGGAGGACUUUGCGGGUCCGCAUCCGAUGUUCGUCGCUACACGGCGCUCCUGAGGUUCCUGAAGACCCGCUUGGAGUCGCGCUUCAUGCUUACGGUCACUGUGCCCGGAGAGCUCGAGGAUGUGAGCCGAGGAGUGGACCUGCUCGCCGCCAGCGAGGUCGCAGAUUUUCUGCUCCUCAGGUCCCACAGGCGAAGGAACCUCGACCCUUUUCAGUACGACUGCCCCGGCCACGCGGUCGCGCCGGUCUUUUUCGCGCUGAAGGUUCUUGCUCCGAACGUCAAGAUAUGUUUCUCGAUUUCUUUCGAGGUGCGAGCCUUCAAGUCUGCCGCCAACCGCUCCGAGACCGACCUGCGGAUGGAACCGGCCGACCCGACCAGGUACACGGGUACCGCGGGUGUGCGCGCCUUUUCGGAAGUGUGCAGGGCGUUCGACGUCCGCAUGGACCCCGUCAAGUACUGCACCCUCGCAUCGGCCUCCAGGACAGUGAAGCUGGCGCUGGAGACUCCUCGCUCCAUCCGACAAAAGUUGACCGUGCUGUCGAAGCCGUGCGUCGUGCUCUGGGACAUGGAGUUGGACGACUUCGAAGGCCGCUGCUCUCCAGCGUCCCGCGACCCGUGGCCGCUCGCGGCGGCGGCGUACAAUGCCCUGAACUGACAGCUCCGUCAACUUCUCGGCUGGACGUGCAAGGAGGAGCAGCCUCGAUUCGAGUAGCGAUCGAGUCUUGCGUGGCCGACGUGUUGUAUGUUCAGGGUGCUCAUGUGUUCGUGUGUCAAAGGAGUCCCCGUACCCGAUUGACUUGGCGGUUUCAGCUAUCUUAUUCACACUUGAUGUGUUUUGUAUAGAAUGCUCACGCGUUGAGAGGACUGUGCAAGGGAUUUAUUCAAGUUGCUGUUAAUGCAUGUUCGAGCACUGUGGCGGUUGUGUUGCCUAGAUUGCUCGUCCGUUUCUGCCGCUCCAGUGCACCGGGGUGUUUUACAAGACGCACUCGCACAAUCGUUAAUGAUGUAUGCUACCGUAAUACUGUCCGAGGUGCUAAUAAUUAGACGCUCGGACAAUGUUACGGUAUACUGUUUCAGUUGUCGAUGCGUAUAGUCUAUCGCAAGCCGGCUCGAAGUCUGGUAAAUGAAUGUUCGUUCAUUCCGUAUGUGCACAGUGUUUUCUGGAGGUGUGUGUGUGCCUGCGUGUGUGGGUGUUGUGGAUUUUUUUCAUUAUCCCUGUAUCUUUUGUAUUUUUGUUGCUCAUGGCACCCUUCUACUGUAUAAAUAAUUGUAUUUCUUGCUAUGAUGUGUCCGUUCAUACGUUGCAUUGUUUCUUGUAAUAUUUUACUACGACGGUGCUUGUACUGCUUGGACCCUGUUGUUACGAAAUAAAUAAAUAAAUAAAUAAAUAAAUAAAUAAAUAAAUAAAUAAAUAAAUAAAAGUUGCCUCGUGUCAGCCUAUUAUUCGUUAAAGGAUUUGACGUUUGGAGAGACGGGCAGCUUCGCUUUUAUUUAUAGACUCCCAAUCACCGCUGCGUGUGGUGCUGACAAGUAUAGGUGCUUACGUGUAAGAAUAGAGCGUGAAAAGAGUAAUUUUUUUCUUUUGGUUUUAUUUUGGCGUCCUGCACCCUCCUGAUAUCAUGCGUUCUUUCCUAUCCCGUUUUUUCUCACUUUUCGUUUCCCCCACUUUUUUGUUUGAUCUUCCAAUGUUAUCGCUCGUUCUGAGCACGAAUAAAUUGGCGGUUCUCUAGUUCUGUAUAACUGCAUGAACACUAUUUGGUUGCUUUGUAGUAUAAGUGCCACCCCACACUACAUUUCUGCUUAGCUGCUGAGCGCGAGGUCGCGGGAUCGAAUCCCGGCCGCGGCGGCCGCAUUUCGAUGGGGGCGAAAUGCGAAAACACCCGUGUACUUAGAUUUAGGUGCACGUUAAAGAACCCCAGGUGGUCGAAAUUUCCGGAGUCUCC